AGAGGGCUAGUCGAUGACUCAAUCACAACAAACAACAAGGGCACUCCUUCUUGUGCUUGAAGUGGAACUCCCGUCAAUCCAGUGGGCGUGUCUCUGACCAGCCAUGUCAAUUUUCUUGCAUUGACCCAGAUCAUGAGUCUGUUGAUGGACCGAUUCAGUUUGCUCCUUUUGGAGCCCGGAGAGAUCUAUUUCGAGGAUUGCGCCGUGACCUUGCACCGGAAUCCCGAUUUCAAGGCUUGGCCGACUUUCGAACCGCCCACGUCCCAUCGGGGGUCCAAUAAGAACUUGUCCCGGAAUGGUAGUAGUACCCACGAGUCCUUGAGCACGGAUCGGGUGGAUCUGGACAUGACCUGGCCCAUAAAAGGUCGGCUCAAGAUAUGUUCGAAAAGUCUGGUCUUUGUCCCGCCCCGAGAAUUCCACAAAGAGCCACUCCUGAAAUUUCCUCUCCGAGAAUGCACUGAUAUUCAAGAAUGGUUCCCGAAGUCUUUCCAAUCGGUCUUGGUGCGAGAGCAGAAUUUGAUAGCGCUAACUUGCACGUCUUGCGUGAUCAUGCUGACCAAGAACCGCCUUGCCCCGUUCAAAAACUCCCGACAUCCCGUGUCUUUCGUCUUCGCUCUUCAAUAUGGCAAGGUCGACGAUUACCUGUCCCAAAUUUGCCAGCUCCAAAGAGCCUCGACCCUGCCUCCUGUGGAGCAAAAUGGCAUGAUCGCGGCCAUCGUUUAUUCAAGACAGAGUCGACUGCAAUUCGAUCCGUGUUGGCUCGAAUCCAUUCGGGAAAACAUUCUCUUAAAAACGGUGGGGAACAAGAUCACGCCCUUGGUUAUCAAUCCGGGCAGGAUCGUUCUCACGGACACCAUCUUGUAUUUCCAACCCUACAAUAACGCCGAGAUCAAUCCGAUCAUCAGAGUGAGACUGUCUGCUAUCAAACGCAUCUUUCAAAGAAGGUAUUUGUUACGACCAUUGGGAUUGGAGAUUGAUUACACGAAUCCACGAGGAAAAGCCGACCACAUCUACUUAACCUUCAAUCAACCCGAGGAUCGUCAAAGACUAUAUCACAAACUCAUAUCUCAAGACGUUCUGGUCUUGGAGGACUCAAAAGAAGACACCAUGACCUUAAAAUGGCAAAAUGGACUGAUCUCGAACUUUGAUUACUUGUUAUACCUGAAUAGCUCGGCCGAUCGGAGCUUUAACGAUCUCACCCAAUAUCCCGUGUUCCCUUGGGUGAUUUCAGACUACACCAGCGAGACUUUGGAUCUGGAUGAUCCCAAGUCGUUUCGAGACUUAACUAAGCCUAUGGGAGCUCUAAACCCUGAGCGGUUGGCAUCCCUAAAAGAUCGGAUCCAAGACAUGCCGGAUCCGAAGUUUCUGUACGGAUCUCAUUAUUCCACGCCUGGAUUUGUCCUGUACUUUCUUGUGCGAAAAAUCCCUACCUCAAGACCGGCAGCAUACUCUUUUCUAAAGAUCUUGGUGAGGAGCUGAAUUGCUUGGCUUGGGAUGGUCAAACAGCCAUUCUGGGAGGUGGAUCGGGCCAUCUGUUGGGGUGGAACAUGCUCAGUGGGGAGCCACUCUUCAAAAUCCUGGCCCAUAAAGGCCCAGUAACGGCCAUAGCCGUAUCGGAAGACGGAAAUUUCAUUGUCACUGGGGGAGAUGACCGAAAAGUCAUCGUUUGGACAGGAAACGCAAAGAAGGCAACAUGACAACAAACUUGAAUUGGGCCUCAAACCAUAUGUGAUCUUUGAUCAAUAGCUUCAUCAUUAUUUAUAUCAAUCGUUGUGUCAUGUGCGAUGGUUUUACAACGUCUUUUGUCAUGUGAUGAUGCUGAUGCCGACGAGUAACAUGUUUCUUGUGAAAGCUUAAAAAUGCUCCUUCAAGUUCAGACCUGUGACCAUAAAUUUAUUCUGACUGUGAUAAUACGGUGAUGUUCUGUUGUACAAAAACACGAAUAAAUAUUUUUUGAUCAUGUUUAACAACCA